CCUCGGUAGUCAUUCCCGGAUAAAACUCUCCCCUCCCGGUGACUGUCGCCAGCGGACGACCAUGCCCAGGUAUACGGUGCACGUGCGCGGAGAGUGGCUGGCGGUGCCCUGCCAGGAUGCGCAGCUCACGGUGGGCUGGCUGGGCCGGGAGGCCGUGCGGAGGUACAUCAAGAACAAGCCAGACAAUGGUGGCUUCGCCUCGGUGGACAAUGUGAGCUUCCUCGUGCGCCGCUGCAAGGGCCUGGGCCUGCUGGACCACGAGGACCCGCUGGAGGUGGCCCUGGAGGACAACGAGUUCGUGGAAGUGGUUAUAGAAGGGGAUGCCAUGUCUUCCGACUUCAUUCCAUCGCAACCGGAAGGAGUUUACCUAUACAGCAAAUACCGGGAACCCGAAAAGUACAUUGCCUUAGAUGGGGACAGCCUGACCACAGAGGACCUGGUCAACUUGGGCAAGGGACACUACAAAAUCAAGCUCACCCCCACUGCUGAAAAGAAGGUGCAAAACUCCAGGGAAGUCAUAGAAAGCAUCGUGAAAGAAAAAACUGUUGUUUACGGCAUUACUACAGGUUUUGGGAAAUUUGCCAGAACUGUAAUUCCUGUCAGUAAACUAGAGGAGCUCCAGGUCAACCUAGUACGUUCACAUUCUUCAGGUGUUGGGAAGCCACUAAACCCUGAGAGAUGCCGGAUGCUCUUGGCUUUAAGGAUCAAUGUCUUAGCCAAAGGAUACAGUGGCAUUUCCCUGGAGACUCUCAAACAAGUUAUCGAAGUAUUUAAUGCCUCCUGCCUGCCCUAUGUUCCGGAGAAAGGAACUGUUGGUGCCAGUGGAGACCUUGCCCCACUCUCUCAUCUUGCUCUUGGGCUAAUUGGGGAAGGGAAGAUGUGGUCUCCGAAGAGUGGCUGGGCUGACGCUAAAUACGUCCUGGCAGCUCAUGGAUUGAAACCAAUUGUUUUGAAGCCAAAAGAGGGUCUGGCGCUCAUCAACGGGACGCAGAUGAUCACCUCCCUGGGCUGUGAAGCUGUGGAGAGAGCCAGUGCCAUUGCUCGGCAGGCUGACAUAGUGGCGUCCUUGACCCUCGAGGUGUUGAAGGGCACCACCAAAGCCUUCGAUACUGACAUUCACGCUGUUCGCCCUCAUCGUGGGCAAGUUGAAGUCGCUUUUCGGUUUCGGUCCCUCUUGGACUCAGAUCACCACCCAUCUGAAAUAGCAGAAAGUCACAGGUUCUGUGAUCGUGUUCAGGAUGCUUACACCUUGCGCUGCUGUCCACAGAUCCACGGUGUGGUGAACGACACAAUAGCAUUUGUGAAGAACAUCAUUACCACCGAAAUUAACAGUGCAACAGAUAAUCCUAUGGUCUUUGCUAGCAGGGGAGAGACUGUUUCUGGAGGAAACUUCCAUGGUGAAUAUCCAGCCAAAGCCCUGGACUAUUUGGCCAUUGGCGUCCAUGAACUUGCUGCAAUUAGUGAAAGAAGAAUUGAAAGGCUCUGCAACCCCUCCCUCAGCGAGCUGCCUGCCUUCCUGGUGGCUGAAGGUGGUUUGAACUCUGGAUUCAUGAUAGCCCACUGCACGGCUGCAGCCCUGGUUUCUGAGAACAAGGCCCUAUGCCACCCCUCGUCCGUGGACUCUCUCUCCACCAGUGCCGCCACGGAGGACCAUGUCUCCAUGGGAGGAUGGGCAGCAAGGAAAGCCCUCAGGGUCAUUGAGCACGUGGAGCAAGUGCUGGCCAUCGAGCUUCUUGCAGCCUGCCAAGGGAUAGAGUUUCUACGCCCUUUGAAAACUACCACUCCACUGGAGACGGUCUAUGACCUGGUGCGCUCAGUUGUAAGGUUUGGGAGGUAGCUGCACCAUACAUCGAAAAAUACAGAAUGGAGCAUAUUCCGGAAUCAAGACCUGUUUCUCCAACAGCAUUUUCAUUGGAAUUUCUGCACAAGAAAUCGACCAAAAUCCCAGAGUCUGAGGAUGUUUAAUGCUUUUUGUCACGAAUUAGCAGAUCAGGUGGUACUUAGUUUAACAGCAAACAGUAUUAUGCUGAAGGAGAGACCUGAGAACUUUCUCAGGUGGAUCAAUCAAUUAUAUAUUUCAGUUCUAAUACCUGCUCUGGUUAGGCUGGUGACAGUAUUACAUUUACUGAAUCUAGCACUGGUUACAGAUACAGCUGGUGUUUCCAGAUUAUAGGAGUUUUCUUGUUUCUUAAUGAAAUCUACAGGCUGCUCACUCUAAGGGUGAGAAGACUAACCACAACUGCAUGGACCUUUGACUCAAUAUUAGAUGAACUCAAAUCUUGAGACAGAUUGAUGGCAUUGUUUUCCAAAAACAUUAGACUUU